AUGCUCGAAGCGUAUCACGCUAUUCCCCAGCCCCCACCACCCCAAACAUCCGACGAUCCCAUCGAAAGCAUCAUUAUGGCCAUCAUGGAAUGGUCAGAUGCUACCCAUCUGGCUCAAUUCGGCACAGCGUCUCUAUGGCCCGGUUACACUUUCUUCAGCAACCACCCAAAAGACUUUCACGGGAAACCGACAUCAAAAGCAGGAUUUCACCAGGCUUAUUUUGCUUCGGUAAUGCCAUAUAUCUUCAUUCAAUCGAACUCUUCUGAAUAUCCACAGCUUCCUGACACCGUUCGUGAUUCUUACAGGCAACAAUACGGGUGCGACAUGCCAGACGAGGUAUACACACACCUGAAACGGGAGUUGAUGCAUUCGAUCUGGGAACUCCUUCUCUCCGAAGACUUCAUGGACGCCUACGACAAUGGUAUCAAAAUCAAGUGCUGGGAUGGCAUCGUCCGGCUGGUCUUCCCCCGUUUUUUAUAUACGGGGCUGAUUACCCAGAGAAUUCUUCUUGCUACCAUCAAGAGCCUUGGCGGGAGGCCAUGUCCCCGAUGCUUUGUUGAGAAGAAGCAGAUAUCGGAAACGGGGACUGUCAACGACAUGAAGCGUCGAGCGCAAAUUCGCAUUGACGACCACCCUCGACGUAUGGACAUCGAAAGCGCGAGGAAAGCUAUUUUCGGUAAUGGAAACUCACUUAAGGGCCCUAGCCUAAACGCUAUUCUUAAGAAAAACUCCUGGGUACCCACUCGUAAUGCAUUCUCGAAACUGGACACAAUCAAAACCCCCUUCAACCUGUUUACCAUGUUUGUUCCAGACCUCUUACACGAGGUUGAACUGGGAGUCGCCAAGGCGAUCAUUGUACAUCUCAUUUGCAUGCUUCAUUCUCUCAAGAAAACAGAUGAAUUCGAUCAAAGGCUCGUGUUUUACAGAUAUAUUGCCACACUUAUGCUAACUAUUCCCAGAUUUCGUCAGAUUCCUACAUUUGGUAGAGCCACGAUUUGUUCCUUCAGCCAUAACGUGUCAGAGCUGAAACAUGUGGCGGCGCGUGACUACGAAGACAUCCUCCAGUGCCUUCUUCCGGUCAUUGAAGGGCUUGUCCCAUCGCAUCAAGGACUGAUUGACAAGCUCUGCUUCGAGCUCGCCCUUUGGCACGGCUACGCCAAACUCCGAAUGCACACAACUUCGUCAAUCAAACUUUUCCGAAUGGCCACCACCAAUCUUUGUUCCACUAUCCGGCGAUUUGCUCGAGAAACUGCUGACAUCAAGACAUAUGAGCUACCACGAAGAAGAACGUCGAAGGGCUAA